UUCUGACACAGAUAAAUGUUAAUGGCCGCCAUCAGAGUGAUAAAUCAUACUUUACUAUCUUGAAUGUUCAGCAGAGGUCAGUCACAGUACAAUCUGUGAAGUUAGCUUGAAGGGAAAUAUGUUGAUGAACUGUUCUUUGUUCAGUACGGUUCGACUGAGGGGUCAUCUUAAUGUAUCAGAUUACAAUUUAAAGUGCUACUUUCAUUAUUAGUAAGAAAACAUCUAUAUUAAUGUAACUCCAUGUUCAUGUGGUAAUAUAUUCUGGCCUAAAUGUGAUGUGAGAUAAAUAUGCUGUAUGUCUGUGUUCUCAGCUGAGAGCGUUUGUCUCAUUUCUAAACAUGUUUUUAGGAUGUUCUGCAGAAUGGAUGGAUUCUUCUUUAAACCAAAGCGCUGUACCUUCAGUGUUUUGGUUUUACAGAACAUUGUGAUGCUCCUUUUGUUGACUGAAUCCUAUAGAGGAGAGUCUCAGGGGGUUGGACCAUCUCAGACAAUAACAGCAUUAGUUGGUGAAGACGUUAUCCUGCCAUGCCAACUUGAACCUGCAGUAGAUGCUGUUUCCAAGAUUGUGGAGUGGGGAAGACCUGAUCUAGAACCAAGAUUUGUCCAUGUGAGGCAUGAAGGUCAAAACCUUUUGGACAACCAGAAUCCAUCAUACAAAGGAAGAACAUCAGUGUCUGUGGACAAACUGAGACAUGGAGACCUUUCCCUGAAACUGUCUGCAGUGAGACUCUCUGAUAAUGGAGUCUAUAGAUGCUACUUUCCCUCACAGAAGAAACAGUCUACUGUUGAGCUUGUUGUUGGGUCUUUCUCCCCUCCUGCCAUCACUGGUCUUGACAGAAGCACCAGCGGAGUCGUGUUACAGUGUGAGUCUUUAGGCUGGUAUCCAGAGCCUGAGGUGUUGUGGCUGGACAGUGAGGGAAACCUCCUCUCUGCUGGAUCUACAGAGAGCGUCAGAGGUUCUGAUGGUCUCUAUACUGUCAGCAGCAGAGUGACUGUGGAGAGGAGACACAAUAACAUGUUCACCUGUAGAGUCACACAGAACAACAUCAACCAGACCAGAGAGACACACAUUCAUGUUCCAGCUGAUAUGUUUCUGACCUCUUCUUCUGCUGCUGCUCGGUUCGGUAUCAUCGUGUUCAUUUUACUCAGUUUGGUUGUAGCAGAUGUCUUUGUUUUCUGGAGAUGGAGUCAAAACCAAAGAAAAGAUGAAGCAGAGAGACAUCAGUCUGAAAGUGCAGAGAGAGAGCAGCUCUCAGGAAAAAAGACAAUGGAGGAUCUGGAGGAGAAAAAGGAAACACUUGAAGAAGAGUUGAAGAGGAAAGAGGAAGAACAGACAGAUCUGGAACUGAUGAUUCAUAAACUGAAGGAGCAAAACAAAAAACUGCACAACCAGAUGGUUAAAGUCAGAGAUGUAGAGGAGGAAUCAACGAAUAUCAGUGAAGAUAUUGAGGAGAAGAUGAAGUCAGCAGAGAAGAUAGCAGAAAGUGACAAAGAGCAGGGAUACUUGGAGAUGACGAGAGUCGCUACAACAACCAAAAAACAUCUGAAUCUUAGAAAACAAGUACAUCAGAACCUUUACAAUGAAGCAGAGAGACUUGAGAUCUUAGCAGAUAGUUUGUUACAAACAACGUCUGACAGGAAGAAGUCAUCAGAGGAGCAGAAGAAGAAAGUCAAAGAUCAGCUGGAGGACAUUCGGAGGAAACUUUCUGAGACUUGACCUUUAGAGAUCAUCGACUGACAACAACUGAACAUUUUCAGUUUGUUCAUCUCUGAUUAAUAUACUGUUUAUAUCAGAAAGACAGUGAAACAUGUUCACAUCACUUUUUAACUUCUCUUAACUCUACAUUAUUAUUGUACAUUUUUUAAUUAUCUGCUGCGCUUAAUGUUGAAAAAUGUAUACUUACGUAUACUGAUGAAGCGUUGUUUUGUAUUUUGUGCAGAUUAAUUUGUUGUUUUUUAAGAUUAAUUUGUUGUUUUUUAAGAUUAAUUUGUUGUUUUUUAAGAUUAAUUUGUUGUUUUUAAGACUGAUUUGUUGUGUUGUGUUCACCCUAACAGUAAAUAUUGAUAUCUGGUCCCUGCUCUAUUUCACAUCCUGUUUUUUAUCUAAACGCUUCAACACUUUAUUUUCAUUUUUUUGUUAAUAGAAACUGAACAUCUGAUGAUUUUAAAUGUAAAGAAACAAAAAGCUUGAAUUAUUUUAAGACUUUGACAAACAGUUUGAAUAAAAACACUUAGAGCA